AGAGAUCCACCAAUCGCAGCAAGGGGCGGAGUGGGCGAGCAUAAGAAGCCUCUUCGAGGCCCGCGGGACACAAGAGCAAAGUCGAGAUGAAGACGACCCGCACGUUGCUGCUGCUGUUCCUGUGUGUGAGUGGCGCCGUCUCACAGGGCAACCUGGACUACGACAAUUACGACACGGACACACAGACCUCGACGACGACCAACGCGACAGACCAAUCGGCAGCGGGCGCCCGCAGCCACCGCCCGGUUACUUCGGGGCGGGACAACUACAACCCCAACCGCUACUCGCCACCCCCCAUUAACACUGGCAGCAGGUAUCAAGGACGCCCCACCACCGUGUCCAAAGAACAUGAGGAGGUGGAAGAGGAAAAGGUGCACCCCGAGUCAGGCGGCUGUUCGUUCGGCGGCGGGGAAUUGGGAACGUUGUGUCCGACCGGCUGUGAGCUCAAGACGGCCCUGCUCAAGCAGGAGAAGAGCACCGCAACGAGCAUCAAGGCGCUGACGCCUCUGGUGGAGGAAUUGUCGCGCUCGUCCAAUGUUGUCUACAAGUUCGCCACCGACAUGUCCUCCUCGCUCACCGAGCGCCAACGAAUCAUCGGAGACAACAGCCAGGUGGUCAAUCAGUUCACGGGUCAAGUGGAGGACCAGCACGUCUUCAUCAAGGAGACGAUCGACACCGUGUUCCCUUCCACCAUUCGGGUCCUGCAGGGCGUCGUGGACAAGAUCCGCCUGAAGAUCGAGAAGCUGGAGAAGGCCAUCCAGGUGCAGAGGGAGCAGUGCAGGGAGCCGUGCCAGACUAAAUGCCCCAUCCCAGUGGUGACUGGAAAGGAGUGCGAGGACAUCUACCGCCGCGGCGGGAACGAGUCGCAGAUGUACCUGAUCCAACCGGACCCCUUUGCGGCACCGUACAAAGUCUUCUGUGACCAGAGCUCCCGUAAUGGAGGAUGGCUCCUUAUCCAAAACCGACAGGACGGCAGCGUGGACUUCGGCCGACGCUGGGACGAGUACAGACGUGGUUUUGGGAACAUCGCACUGGACGUGGGCAAGGGUCACUGCGAGAGCCCAGGCGAAUACUGGCUGGGAAAUGAGCGCAUCAGUCAGCUGACCAAGAUGGGCACGACGGAGCUCCUCAUCGAGAUGCAGGACUGGACGGGCGCUAAGGUCCACGCCCAGUACCGCCAGUUCACCGUGCAGUCAGAGUCGUCCAACUACGUGCUGGCGGUGAGCGAUUACGCUGGCAACGCCGGGAACUGCCUCCUGGAUGGCGCCCUGGAGCUGUUUGGAGAAAACCGCACGAUGACCAAACACCACGGCGCCAUGUUCAGCACCUCCGACAGAGACAAUGACAACUGGAGACCCGGCGACCCCUCCAAGCAGUGCUCCAGAGACGACGGCGGCGGCUGGUGGUACAACCACUGCCACUCUGCCAAUCCCAACGGCCGGUACUACGUGGGCGGAGCCUACACGAAGCAGAUGGCCAAGCACGGCACAGAUGACGGCGUGGUGUGGAUGAACUGGAAGGGCAGCUGGUACUCGCUCAAGGCCAUCAGCAUGAAGAUACGACCCUUCUUCGCUGAUAACGGACAACAACAGAAACACCGUAAAUAAACAUCAUACUUGCUUGCCAACUUGUGUCCUCACUGCUCAUUAAACUAGCUUGACAACCAACAUACUCUCUGUUUGACAACACGGUGGACAUGUUUACGGGCUCAUUUAUAAUCCAAUCAACUUUGUUUGGACUGCUAACAUUAGCAUAGCGCAAAUUAAACACACCAAUCACAAAAAGAAUGCAAUGUUGGGGUCAAUGGAGGGCGCUGGGGUGCCGCCACACCGUUUGCAGUGGUCACCGCAUUACUUUUUACAACACAAUGUAAAUAGAAAGAGGUCAGGGACUUUGGCGGAAAACAAACUGACAGCAGAGAUGUGGAUAAAUGUGAACCAGAGAGCAUCGACUGCCGCAACGGAUUCGGAGAAGCAAGAUAUUCCCAAUCCAUGGCCUUGUUUAAGAGAAAUGUUUGCGCUUGUCAGCUCUAAGAGUGAUAUUUGUUGAAUGGAUUGUUUUAUGCCAGCCUAAAAAUCACCAUCCUCUGGCAUUGAAAAAUUCUAAAUUGAAAUUCCAA